AUGCCAGAGCACAUGUCUGACGGCAUAAUCCCACCGCCCUUCUCUGACUGCAUCGUCAUGAUCAGCAUCAUGGCACACGUUCCAAGAAUAGAGCCGUUACUAAUCGACGUAUGCUGGUACGAGUACAACCUCAACCUCAACGCCAACACUCCACCAUCCAAAAUGAUUGCCGCCAGCUCCGAGCCUUGCAACUUCGGCCGUGGUGCCUAUGAUACCACUGGCCUCCCCAAGCCUCCUCCUCCUCAGCCUCAGUAA